CCAUCACCAACAAGAACACAGCUACCCCGCCCACUCUCAUUUCCGGGUUCUUAGCUUUCGCAAAAUGGCCGCCGCGCGGAAUCGAUGAGCCUUCCGAGCUUUUUUGACAUCUCUCCCUCCCCCUCUUUUCCUACAUCCUCCAUUUUCCCUUCCUUCUCCUCCUCCUGCCUGGAGAGCCGAAAGAUCUGCCCCAACAAAACCAAUUGCCGGGGAAGCUUGGCAGCAGGAGAGCCAGGUUCUAUACCCUCAGGGUUGUGGAUAAGAAUAUAUGUCAUCUGGAAUUGAGCAUGUAAAAUUCUAAACUCUGGUGAACCUGAAGACCAUACUUCAGCAGCGACACUCAUAAAAGGUCCAUAACCUUAAAAACUUUACCAAAUAGGAGACAGAUGUAUUUUAUAAGGUCAAAUCCAGACAGCAGUUCACUGGAGGACCAAGCUGCAGAGAGGAACAGCAUUACAGUUUUUUACUAAAUUUAAAAUUUGAUCUUCCUUCAAAAUGUUCAGACAUCAGGAUCUGUCUGGAAUGCAUAAAAUGAUGCGUCCAGUUUCAACCAGUAAUGUGGCUUUCUGUGCGAGUGGCAAGUCCUCCUGCCUCAACCAAGACCCCAUUAGAGGCGCCAAUCAGUUUGGCUUAUAUACCACACAACAGAACAAGUACAGCCAUACUGUUACCCACAAAAAUAUCUCCUGCCAAACCCAUGAAACUAUAAAUGAAACACACUUGCAAACCUCAACCAGCAGGGACCUAGACACAAAAAGUGAUUUAAAGAAAAAGAAGAACCUAGGGAGAUCUGGCAAGCGGGGUAGGCCAUCUGGGACCACCAAGUCAGCAGGGUACAGAACCAGUACUGGCAGACCUCUGGGGACCACCAAAGCUGCUGGGUUUAAGACAAGUCCGGGUAGACCGUUGGGCACAACAAAAGCAGCAGGAUACAAAGUCAGCUCGGGGCGACCUCCAGGUAGCAUAAAAGCUUUAUCACGGCUUGCAAAUCUAGGUUACCCUAGUAACAAUUCAACAUUUCCUUACCCUACAGCACUUAGCAGAGGACUACAUUCUGCUUUGGAACCUAUCCUGAAACAUCCUAUUGAGUAGAAAUCACAAGUUUUGUGAAUAACCUUAUACAUAUAUGGAGCUACCAGACCUUUCAAAUGCCACAUUUGUCUAUAUAUUUUUAGUUCAAUUCAGUCCCAGCUGCAGACCUAAAAGGUUUGCAUACCGAGCAGGUUUUGAAUAUGCCACCAGGCCUUUGUGUAAUCCUGCAUUUAUGCGCUGGAUGAAUUGUAUUCUUGUAUUUAUUUUUCAUGUGUGCCUGUUUUACAUUUGCAUGUAGUCAUAAUGCAGGACCCUUAUGUUAGUUGCCCGGGUAAAACAUAUGUUAAAGGAAAUGUCAAAAAACAUUCCUUUACAAGGUUGAUGGGAAGUGAAUAUAAAAAAAAAGUUAGAAGAAAAAUGUUAACUUAAAGGAGAACUAAGCUCUGAAAAUUAAUAUGGUUAAAAACACCAUAUUUUAUAUUCUGAACUUAUUGCACCAG